UGAGGUACAAGCAGCCCUAAGCAAUCCAUGUUUCCAGGUGGUGGCUGCUGCAGUCAAGAAUUCAUGGAUUAUAUUUUAUCAUGUUUGCAUUUACAGGUGACUGGGAAGAAGGUGGAUGAUAAAGAGACUGGCAGCUUCCUCCCUGAGGACUUCAAGAAUGGAGAGUAUGAAGCUGCUGUAAGGUUAGAGAAGCAGGAGGACCUAAAGACAGUCCCUGAGCACUCCUUGGCCCGAGGUGAUCUGGAUUAUGAGAAGGAGAAUAAACUAGAAGCAGAGCUGAAGAAGAAGAAAUUACAGGCCAGGUCAAAACUUGAAAAUUUGGAGGAUCUUGAAAAAAUUAUUGAGCUGAAGAAGAAGAAAAGAUGCAAGAAAGUGAAAGUGCCUGUUUUAAAGAAGCCUGAACCAGAAGUUAUUACAGGACCUGUGGAUAUUCCCACAUUCUUCAAAGCUGCACUGGAGAAUAAGUUGCCAGUAAUUGAAAAAUACCUGUCAGACAAAGGAGAUCCAAAUGUCUGUGAUAAGUUCAAACGCACUGCGCUGCACAGGGCGUGCUCUGAAGGACAUCUAGAGGUGGUGAAGAAGCUGGUGGAAGCUGGAGCCCAGCUUGAACAGAAAGACAUGCUUCAUUCUACAGCUCUGCACUGGGCAUGCCGGGGUGGAAACCUGGACGUUCUGAAAUUCUUACUGGACAAAGGGAUAAACAUAAAUGCAAGAGACAAGCUGCUCAGCACGCCCCUGCACGUGGCUGUUCGGACAGGUCGCUACGACUGCGGGGAGCACCUCAUCGCCUGCGAGGCCGAUCUCAACGCCAGGGAUCGGGAAGGGGACACGCCAAUGCACGACGCCGUGAGGCUGAACCGCUACAAAAUCAUCCGGCUUCUGAUCCUGCACGGAGCAGAUCUGACUCUAAAGAACUGCGAAGGGAAAACUCCUAUGGAUCUUGUCCUUCAGUGGCAGAAUGGCACCAAAGAGAUAUUCAACAGCCUGAAAGACAAUUCCAAAAAGAAUGCCCGUCUAGGUAAAUUCUGAGGAGAGAAACCAGACCACACCCUUUUGCUGCUUUGAAAUGCUGCCCACAAACCUGGAUGAAAAUGUCCUUGAACAUCUAUUGAAAAUAUUUCUGGCACUGGAUUAUUUGAGGUGCCUUCACUGAAACUGCAAAAAAACCUGCAAAGAAAUUAUUUUAAAAGACAGGUUGAGUGUUAAAAUUCCACUAGUUCUAAAAUGGCUUUAUUUAUUUCUAUUUAUUAUUUAUUUAUUUAAAAGUAAUUUUUAAUGAUGUUAUUUAAGCUUUUUUUUAUAGGUGCAGUUGGUCUAAAUGCAAUUGUUGCCAGCAACAUAAAUCCUUUGGUCUUAAAUAGCAGAAUUUUCAACUGUAGUAGCAAGUUUUCUCAAGCCUUCCAAUAGCUCUAAAUAGCAAAUACUUGCAGCUGUUGCCUUGUCUCACUGCUAAAAUAACCUGUGAAUGGAGUGGUGGUAUGUGGAAGAGCACUGGAAGGAGGUGUACUGAGGUGCCAAGAGGAUUUAAUGAAGCAGCUGAGUAAUGGUGUUUACACAGGGUUUGGCAAUCAUGGUUGAUAACGAGCUUGAGGACAGAGCUCCAACCACCAUGUACCCGUUUGGACUGAAGGAUUCAGAUUUAAUGUUGUGAAGGUCAGAGGAGACUGUAUCAGGGAAGUGAAUUUUUUAAAAGCUAGACUACUACAAAGUAUGAUGAUAGGAGAAUGCAAAAUCAGAUUAUGUAUAUUUGUAAAUUUGUACUGCUUUUUCUGUACAUUUUGAACUGAUCCAUUUCAGAAUAAAUUAACUGAGUGGUUCUUUUUAUUUGCUGGAGUGGUGAGCAUGCAUGGGGUAAUUUUGUCUCUCUUUAAAGGAAGUUCACAUCAUGUCUGCUGCAAAAUUCCUAAAAAACUUAAGUCUCAGCUGCCAAGAGCAGCCAUCCCUUACACUCCCUCCUUGCCACUCUUAGAUAAACCCCAUCUCACUUAUUUUGUAAAGUGGAGGCA